AUGUCUGAGGCUCUUACCCUAGAUGGUGGCCCGUGUAUCCUGUCUCAGGAAGACUUGAAUCUCAUCGCAUCCACCCUUGGUGUCAGAUACCAGGUUGAGGACAAUUUAAGCAAUGGCAGAACUCUAUUCACCGCAUCGCUAACUUUGACCAAUGGAUGCAGUGUGACCCUGGGAUAUUCUCCAUCAUCUUUGUGGUCCAUCUAUUUCUCACAUCUGCGAAUGGUGGAGCCACACUUUCUCCCGCAGGAUGAUGGGGUCGACCUAGAGCAUGCAGGUGUUCGUUUGUCCCACCACAGUAGCUGUAUCUUCAAGCUGUCUCCACUCAAGAGUUUCACACCCUUACAUCAGGGGCAGUCCUUAACAUUUCAGUUCAAUGCCCAACAUUACUCAGCAUCCAGAUCUGACAUUUUGCCCAACUGGUACAUCCACAUUGAAGGACUGCAGCCUAGAAUCAUCAAAAGCACGACUGGAGAAUCACUGGAUUUUGUGGGCCCUUUUGACACACCAAAACGCUACAAACGAUUUGAUUACACAUUACCUUCAGGGAAACGACGUUACGACAUCUACCAGCCUUUUACCCCAGAAGUCCGGUUUUUCAGGUAUCCAGAAGACAAAUCCAGCAGUGUCCACAUGAAGAUUGUCAUUCCAACACCAGUCCAUUAUGAUGUCCGCAGUGAUAGAACAGUGACCAUAACCACCCAGUUUUGGAAGAUUUCUUGUCAGGAUCAAUUCCUGAAAGAGGCUCACUAUUUGUCAGAAAAGUCUGGCAUUUCCUUGUCAAAAGAGACAUUAUCAAGCUGUGACUAUGAUAAAAAGCCAGCAAAAAUCAUUGCACUUCGAGAGGCUGAUGUGAGACCGGCCUUAGCUGGUUGUUUACGAUUGGAGGCAUACGAAGUCAUGGUUGAUACAUCAAGCGAAUACAUCCAGAUAUCAGCAAACACAGCCACCGGUGCCUUCUAUGGUGUGCAGACGCUCCUCAGCCUGCUGGCUCCCUCCUACAACAAAGCCUCAGGAAUAGUUGCAGACUGUGUGGUCCAAGAUGCUCCCAGGUUCCCGUACCGAGGCAUGCAUGUAGAUGUCUCCAGAAACUUCCAGCCGAAAGAAGAAAUCCUUCGUCUUUUGGACCGCAUGGCCACAUACAAGAUGAAUAAACUACACUUCCAUCUGUCCGAUGAUGAGGGCUGGAGACUGGAGAUACCUGGACUUCCGGAGCUGACUGAGAUUGGGUCUAAACGAGGUCAUGACCUGAAGGAGGACACCUGCUUGCUUCCUAUGCUGGGUUCAGGCCCGUUUCCUCAUGGGCUGGGUUGUGGCUUCUACAGUGUUGAUGAGUACAAGGAGAUACUUCAGUAUGCAAAUGAUCGUCACAUUGAGGUCAUUCCAGAGAUUGACAUGCCAGGUCACAGUCAUGCAGCCAUUCGAGCUAUGACAGUCAGAUAUGAUCGGUUGAUGGCCCAGGAUAAACAAGCUGAGGCUGAGAGGUUUCUGCUGUCCGACCCAUCAGAGACUGCCAGCGGCCAUGUGUACUCAGUGCAGAUGUUGUCAGAGACUGCCAUGAACCCUGGCCUGCAGUCAACCUUCACCUUCAUUGAUAAGGUUAUCACAGAAUUGAAAGAACUACAUCAGGAUAUUCAGCCUCUUCGUAUAUUUCACCUGGGAGGGGAUGAAGUGCCGUUUGAAGCCUGGGAUGACUCGCCAGCAUGUCUAGCCCUAGUGGAGUCUGGUGAAGUGCACGCCAUGGGAGGAUUGAUGCAGUAUUUUGUGACCAGAGUUGGACAACUGGCACAUCAGCACGGCCUGGACUUGGCUGUCUGGCAAGAUGGUGUUGUAGAAAAAGACAGUGGCCCAUACAAGCGUUCCAAGUUCCCCAACUCCAAUGUUCUGACCUACUUCUGGAGAAAUGUCUGGGAAACUGGCCAGGCUUACGAGGCGUACAAACUGGCAAAUGCUGGCUACCAGGUUGUACUGGCCCCCGGAACACAUCUGUACUUUGAUCACCCACACGAACCAGAUCCAGAGGAGCGGGGCUUGUACUGGGCCUGUCGGUUCAUCGACACCCACAAAGUGUUCCUGUUUGCUCCGGACAAUCUCAUGUCCAAUGCAGACGUGAAGCUGACGGGGGAGAAAAUCACCAAGUCUGACUUGAAGGUGCUAGAGGAACUGGAGGACUUUACUGAGCUGAGGAAACCUGAAAAUAUACAGGGUAUUCAGGGACAGAUCUGGACUGAACUUAUCCGCACACCUGAACAGUUUCAUUCUAUGAUCUUUCCUCGACUCAUCGCUCUUGCAGAGAGGGCGUGGCACCGGGCAGCAUGGGAAAAUAUGGAUGAUAGAAGCAGAAAAUCCAUUCAGGAAUCUGACUGGUCAUCAUUUGCACAUACAUUAGCACACAAGGAACUGAUGCGUCUAGAAGCUGCCAACAUACCUUAUCACAUUCCUCCCCCGG